CUCUCUCAUUUCAUACAAAGCACCCGUUUCACUCUCUCAUUUUUUUUCCCGGGGUUUCAUCAAAAGUAAAAAAAAAAGCCAUUUCUCCUUUCCGAUUUCAACACCUCAAUCCGACCCGCUCUCUCCACCGUAACCCGGCCCGCUUCCCUCACAGAUCCGAUCGGAUUCGAUCACCAAACCUCUUCGCCAACCGCAAAAUUCCCCGAUCGGUAUCCAAUUCACUCGGAACUACUCCAUUCAUCAGCUCGAAGCAACAAACGACGUCGUCACUCCGGAGCUUCCAGCUGGUUUCCAAGCCUUCCAAUUAAUCGCUUCUUAGAAUCUCAGCUUCUUCUGUAAAGCGCGGUCGUUUUGGUACCGGCGGGAAAGAUGACGUCAGGCACGCGGCUGCCGAGCUGGAAGGAGAGAGAGAACAACAAGAGGAGGGAGAGAAGGCGAAGGGCUAUAGCGGCGAAGAUCUUCGCCGGACUCAGAAUGUACGGCAACUUUAAGCUCCCCAAGCACUGCGACAACAACGAGGUCCUCAAAGCUCUCUGCAACGAGGCCGGUUGGACCGUCGAGCUCGACGGCACCACGUACCGCAAGGGAUGCAAGCCUGUUGAACGCAAGGACAUUGUGGACGGAUCAACAGCUGCUAGCCCAUGCUCAUCUUACCACCCAAGUAACUAUGCUUCCUACAAUCCAAGCCCUGGCUCAUCCUCCUUCCCUAGCCCAGCAUCAUCUUCCUAUGCUGCUAAUCAGAAUGUUGAAGGAAGUUCCCUUAUCCCAUGGCUAAAACAUCUCUCAUCCGGAUCCUCUUCAGCCUCCUCUUCCAAGCUACCAAAUAUUUACAUCCAUGGUGGUUCUAUCAGUGCUCCUGUCACUCCUCCAUUGAGCUCUCCAACUGCCAGAACACCCCGAAUGAACACGGACUGGGACGAACAGUCUGCCCGCCCAGGAUGGGGUGGGCAGCAGUACUCCUUCCUGCCAUCUUCUACUCCACCAAGCCCUGGCCGGCAGAUUAUUCCUGAUCCCGAAUGGUUUUCUGGGCUUCGGAUUCCCCAUGGACCAACUUCUCCAACAUUUAGCCUUGUCUCUUCAAACCCAUUUGGGUUCAAGGAAGAGGCUUUAGCCGGUGGAGGCUCUCGAAUGUGGACUCCUGGACAGAGUGGGACAUGCUCUCCUGCCAUUGCAGCAGGCUCUGAUCACACUGCGGACAUUCCAAUGUCUGAGGUGAUUUCUGACGAGUUUGCAUUUGGAUCAUGCAACACAGCAGGGCUGGUUAAGGCAUGGGAAGGCGAGAGGAUUCAUGAAGAAUCCGGAUCUGAUGAUUUAGAGCUCACUCUUGGGUGCUCAAAAACCAGGUAAACGAUUGGACAAAGUGAACUUGAACCAUAUUAUGUUAUGGUGCUUGUAAAGAGGAGCUCGAAGUGAGAGAUCACUAGUUAUUGUAUGAAACUAUGAACAUUGAGUUCUUGUUUGUGCUAAUCAAGGUGAGCACCACGUGGUUGCUCUGUUUCAAUUU